AUGACAUCUGAAGAUAUUUUAGAAUCAAAGCUGAAGCAGAUUGACUCAAAGAAUCUGACUGGUAAAUCUCAUCUUAUAUCGGAAGCACAAGUCCUCGGACAGAACCAAGACACGAAGAAUCAGUCGAUUGAUAUUUGGUAUAGGCUAGCUCAGUCUAGCGCACCUGGCGAGGAAACCUAUGUACAAUCUAUAAACGCUAUAAGUCAGCUAUACUUGCAGCUCGGCAAGUUUGAUAGCUCACUAAGUGUAAUUGAAGAUUCCUUGGAAUACACGCACAAUGAUAAAUGCCUCAGACAGACUCAGUGCCUCGUCUUGGACAAGCUCGGUCGCCUCGAAGAAGCUGAGAAGAUAUCAGCCAAGUAUGAUUUGAGUCAUGUAGACCAAGUCAUCGGCGAGAGCAUCACUCAGAAAGAGGAACAUGAUCGUGAAAAGGCCCUGAUCGCAUUGAAGAAUACAUCUAAUCGCUUCUUGGGAAUCUUUGGCCUCAAUACAGACAUGCUCAAUAUCAAUCAAGGUGAAGAUGGCAAUUAUAGGUUUAAUAUAAAUAAAUAA